CAGACAAAGGAAGUGAAGUAAAAAGUACAGCAUUUGCCUCAGAGAUGUAGUGGAGUAGAAGUAUAAAGCUGCAUAGAAUGGAAAUACACAAGUAAAGUACAAGUAUGUUGAAUUUGUACUUGAUGCACUUAACACGCCUCCUCCUCUUUGCUCUUCAGCUCCGACUGGAAAUGAAACCGGAGCACCAGGAUCUCAUCCUGCGGGCAUGCGCUGCGUCAUCCCUGCGCGUCGGUGCGAAGAUCCAGACGCUGUGGAGCGGCUACGGGGAGAUAGUGAGGCUGCACCUGGAGGGCUGCGACCGGCCGUCUGUGGUCGUCAAGCACGUCAUGUUUCCGGAGGAGGCUGAGCACCCCGGCGGCUGGAACACAGAUCGCUCCCACACGCGUAAAGUGAGAUCCUACCAGGUGGAGACGCACUGGUAUCGGAAGUAUUCCACCGAUCGUAGCUGUCGGACUCCUGCCUGCCUGGCUGCUUCUUCCCAUGGAGACGAGAUGCUGAUGGUGCUGGAGGAUCUGGACGUGGCGGGUUAUGAUCAGAGAAGGACCAGCGUGAAGGACAGAGAAAUAAAGGCUUGUCUCAGCUGGCUUGCCCACUUCCAUGCUCUCUUCCUGGGCGUGACACCAGAGGGCCUGUGGCCUGUCGGCACCUACUGGCACCUGGAGACCCGUCCGGACGAGCUGGAGGCCAUGGACAACGCCGAGCUCAAAGCAGCAGCCGGCGACAUCGACAAGAAACUCAACGAGUGUCUCUUCAAGACCGUCGUUCACGGAGACGCCAAGUUAGCCAACUUCUGUUUUUCGCAGAGCGGAGGGGACGUGGCGGCUGUGGACUUCCAGUAUGUGGGAGGAGGCUGCGGGAUGAAAGAUGUUGUGUAUUUCUUAGGAAGCUGCAUGGAGGAGAGGGAGUGUGAGAAGAGGGUACCGGGCCUGCUGGACUUCUAUUUCACCGAGUUAAAGCAAGCGGUGAAGAAAGAUGUGGAUGUCGUUGCCCUGGAGAAAGAGUGGAGGGAGAUGUUUGCGUUCGCAUGGACAGACUUUCAUCGCUUUCUGCUGGGAUGGAUGCCCGGACACCGGAAGAUCAACCGGUACAGUAAACAGUUGACCAAGGAGGUCCUCCGCAAACUGAAACUGUAAACAACAUACCUUCAGACAACCAGAGAACUGAGCGUGUGGCUGAGAGGAGACCGGUUUGAAACUGAAAAUCUGUUUAUGUAAAACAUUAAAUCAGCCACAAACACCUGUGUACAGAGAAGCAUGCAAACCAUUUCUGGAAAAAUACAAGUUUUAAAGAGUUACAAAAUGCUCUGGCUUUUCUUUCCUACACUGCAGCUCUUUGAAGUCCUUUCUGACUUUGCCUCGUUCAUCCACACAUUUUGUGUCAUUAUGUGAAGUUAAAAUGAUAAUGCUGGGAGCAGAAAGUAUUUCAGUACUGCAGGACGGUUUAGCAGUAGAAUAAACAUGAAGAUAAAUAAAUCAGGAAUAAAAUUAGAAGAAAAGAUUUACCAAACGAUUGUUGGUUAUAAAAACGUUCCAUUGGUGAGAUCAUUUUCUAGUAAUAUAUAGAGAUCUUUGUCACAUUUGGAGGCAUAUUAAUAGCUUCAUAGUCAUAACUAGGCGGUGUCUUUGUAUAUUCUGAUUUAUGAAUAAAUAAUUAGUUUGAUUAUUACUUAACCCACCUGUGUAUCAAUGCCGUGAACACACGAACAUUCCAACAGGAAAUAAAACAUAGAAAUGGUUUAAAACAAAGGGCGUCCACUUAGAAUAUGUAUGUUGUUUGAAAAGGUCCAUUUCUGUAUUCACUGCUACAAAGAAGCUGAGGAAUACAAUUGGU